CCCUCAGAUUUCCUAACCUAACAGUCGCUAAAUGAACUGAUGAAAGCGUUUGUGUAAGAGUCGCCUCCUGCACCGCUGCUUCUUCAGUUUUUCAGUUAGUGAGGAACACAGCUCAGAAAACGUCUACAUUCAGCUCAGCAGGAAGAGUUCAGAAGUUUAGAAAUGAUGAAGAGACACUUAGAGGAAAAGCAGGUAAACUCGGCCCCCCAUGAGGAGAAGAAUGGAACGUUUCAGGACAAAUCCAGACAGAGCAACAGCAGAUGGAACAACAUCCACCUGCUCCUGGUGUGUAUUGUGUUACCCGGGUUGCUCAUGUUUCUCCUGGACUGGUGUCGCCCCUCCUCUGACCCCUCCAUCAUCACUCUUCCAGCUCUCUGGGACUGGAGCUCUGCAGCGAUAGUGCUGUUAUUUACCCUCCUGCAGGCGGCGCUGUAUCACCUACCUGUAGGACAGGUGGCAGAAGGAAAAAUGGGAAACGACGGAAAAUGUUUGAAAUACAAACUGAACGGGAUGUAUGCGUUUCUGGUGUGUGUGUCGGUGUCGGUGUGUGUGUGGCAGUGUGGUGUGUUUAGGUGGAGCAGUGUGAUGAGCAGAGUGAUUCCACUGAUCAGCGCCGGAUCUGUUCUCUCAUUCAUCAUCAGUGUGGCUUUAUACACACUCUCACACACACCUACAGACAGUAUAGUGGAGGGUUUUGCGUUGGGUCGGGACUCAGACCCUUGUGUAGGAAUGAUUGAUCUGAAGCACUUCAUGAUGUUGCGGAUCGGCUUCAUUGGCUGGGCGAUGAUGGACGUUUGUUACCUCCUGACGGCCUUAGAGAGGGACGGUUCUGUCCCCCCGUCUCUCGCCCUCGUCUUCAUAUUCCAGCUCGUUUACAUCCUGGACCUGCUCAUUGACGAGGACUCAAUUUUGAGCACUAAGGAGUUCACGGAGGAGUCGAUCGGGUUCCUGAUGGUGAUGGGUGAGUACAUCUGGAUCCCGUUCUUCUCCAGCCUCCCUCUGUACUUCCUGCUCCACCGCCCCUGUGAUACGGACCUGCUGAGCAGCUUACCCAUAAUCCUGCUGUUCGCUGCAGGUUUCCUGAUUUAUUAUCGUUCCAACGAUCAGAAGAGCGGCUUCCGCAAUAACCCCCGCGCCCCCGCCUUCACCCAUCUAGAGACCAUCAGGAGUCCAUCAGGCCAGAACCUGCUAGUAUCCGGAUGGUUCGGGUGGGUCAGACACCCCAAUUACCUGGGUGACAUAGUGAUGAUGUUCGCCUGGGCGCUGCCAUGUGGGUUCAGCAGUGUGUUACCGUAUCUACCUGCACUGCAGUGUGUGAAGCUGCUGAGGGAGCGAGCCGAGGAGAUCGAGGAAUCAUGUGAGCAGAGACAUGGAGCAGCGUGGAGAGAGUACUGCAGGAGAGUCCCGUAUAAACUACUGCCCUACAUCUACUGAUCUUCAUCAUCUUCAUCAUCAUCUGAUCUUCAUUAUUAAACUUCAGUAGUGUUAAAAUAAGAAGAACGUUUUUAUAUGUCUUUAACGUCUAGCGUCCCUCUAAUAAACUCCUUUCUGAUCCUGUCCACCCUCUCAGGAGGAAAUAAUGAAAUAAAGGAAGCAUGAUGAACAACAGUGAUAUAAUAACGUAGUUUUAUUUAUACAGCGCUACCUUAAAUCUGGACGCCAGUCGGUUCUGGGA